GUUUGGCUUUGAUGUUGUAAAUAAACUGGAGAGUUUCCUGUCUCCUGUAAAUCAGAAACGUGUGUGUGUGUGUGUGUGUGUGUGCCUCCCCUCACUGAGGUCUUGAUGUGUGUGGAGGGGGAGUUCAUCAGCACUGACAGUUUUGGUAUAUAUGGAGAGAAUCAUAAAAGUGUCCUUUGAUUUGUCACUGACGUUGUUUGAUGAUUUCCUCUUUUGUGUCUAAUAAGGUAAUAGCGAGUGUGAUUGGAGGGUGUUGGGCCUCUUUCUCUCGUAUUAAGAGGAUGCCUGUACUUCUGUAUCACCAGAGCGGAGAAGCUUGUUCUGGGUGUUGAGUUAAUCAUGCUGAGGAUGAUGAGGAGAUGCAUGAUGUUCAUUUUACUGUCUGCAGUUGUAAUACUCAUCACAGCUGACCGUGUGAAUGUGAGGUUGGUUGGUGGUCACAGUCGCUGUGCUGGUAGAGUGGAGGUUCUUCACAGAGGUCAGUGGGGAACAGUGUGUGAUAUUGCCUGGGAUUUGGCUGAUGCUGCAGUGGUGUGUAGAGAGCUGGACUGUGGAGAACCUGUAGAUGCUGUGGGUAAUGCACUCUUUGGACAAGGAUCAGGACCAAUCUGGAUGGAUUUUGUCAGAUGUGUUGGUUCAGAAUCUGCACUAAAGGACUGUGGAGCAGCAGGGUGGGAGCAAAGUAACUGUAAUCAUGCUAAAGAUGCUGGAGUCAUCUGCUCAGGUAACAUUUGCACACUUGACGCUACACCUGAUUUUUGCUGGUCAUAUUGUCUCUAAAGUAUGAACAGCCAAAGUACUUAAUGCCUAGUUUUCAACAUUUUACA